AUGGGUAGAUUCUCGCCGGACAGCUGGACGCCCGCGGUGAACGUGCUGACCUGGUAUUUGCUGGUGACGGCCGUUCUCAGCUUGUUGACUCGACUGGGCACCAAGUGGUGGAUCUUUCGCAAAUUGACCACCGAUGAUUACUGGAGCGUGGUUUCGCUGAUAUCAUGCGCAGGACAAUCGAUCGCGGUCUCCAUGGCCACGGCAAAUGGGUAUGGCGAACCCUACGACACUGUGUCUGACUCCAGCAUGCAGAAUAUCAUGAAGGCGCAAUACGCCGCCAACAUCCUAUUCAUCAUCAGCAUGUGCUUCUCGAAAUUGGCUCUGAUUCGCUUUGUUCGCGAUUUGACGCCUGCCACAUCCGACCGACGCUUUGCGGUCUAUCUACAAGUCUUGACCUCUCUGUGGGCACUGGUUGGCAUCAUCACGGCCGCCUUUCAGUGCAAGCCGCCGCGAACAUGGGACUAUAUGGAGGGACAAUGUUUUCGAAUCGAUGCCUGGUGGGACUAUCUUGGAGUGUCCAACAUCUUGACUGACAUGGGGAUCAUCGUGCAAGCCAUCCUGGUGGUCGCUCGCAUUCAGACGAACGUGAAGAAGAAGAUGACGUUGGGCAGCGUGUUCGCGCUGCGCAUCUUCGUAAUUGUCGCCAUCCUGUGCCAAAUCAUCUACGCGCGGCAGACGGCGAAUUCUACCAACAUUACUUCGGAUACGUGGCCCGUAGCCAUCUCGACGCAGCUGGCGCAAUGUUUCAGCAUCGUCACGGCCUGCUCGCCUCAAUUCAAGCCGUUCAUGGACAGCUUGCGAUCGACGGGGAUGCGUAUCGACGGGAUGACGCGAUACGGCACCUCGCAGAAGGGCUACGGAUCGCAAUCGGCCUCGCGCGCGGCGACGCUGCACAGCCGGAGUCGGCGUCGCAGCGAGGUCCACGAGCUGGUGCCGCUGCCGGCGAAGGACAGCCAUCAUCAAGCGACGGUGACGACGGCGGGCGGCGCAGGCGACUGGGAUGCGGAGAGUCAGACCAGUCAGUCGCGGAUCAUUCGGGAGGUUCGAACGUGGACGGUGACGGAUGCGCCGCGCAGUUCAGGGGGCGAUUCGCAAUAG